AUGUUUGUGCGCACCGCUUUCCUGCUGCGGACGUACCGCCGCAAGUCAAAGGCGCCAGAUCUGAAGACGAGUUUUGUGAAGACCCAAAACUUCAAGAAGGCAGAGAAGGUUGCCAUUGAGACCGCCGAUGGGGAGGUGGUUAAAGGACGCGGCAAGCUGCGCCGCCGCAGCCACAGUGCCCUAAAGAAGGCCAUUGACGAAAUGGAGCACCCCACCAUCUGGCUCUGGUACCCGUGGCGCAUGAACCCAGAGCCGCCGACGCCGACGAUGCCGCAGAGGCGUGCGCUGAAGAACCUCCACGGCGCCGUCUUCACAGAUCUCACCCCGGUGCAGAAGAAGCGGCAGGAACAGAUGUUGUACGGGGUGAAUAUUCCAGAGACGCGAAAGAUAAAGUUUGAGCGGGAGCAUCCCCUUCUAGCGGGUGCGCUGCGACAGCUUGAUGGCCAGCCGAAGGGGUUUCCAUUUUGGUACAAAAAAUACCCGACACGACGACACGCGUACGAGAAUCGGUUUAGCAUCCCGGAGGAGAUGUUGGAGGGCUACGGAGAAGACAUGAAGAAAGCCCUUUCCAAGGAAAUGAUGUCGGUUCAGGAAAAACAGUUUGCGCAGGAGGCCAUGUACAUGGAGCGGUACGCAGAACACGACUUCGACACGACAAGUCCUGCUGUGUUGGCUGUGAAGCGUGCCCUCAAGUGUCGCAUUCUGCGAAACCACUUGCUGACGAAUCCACAUAAUAACAUUAUCAAGGCUGUGCUAGCGAGCACGGAAAAAAAACUAAACCAUGCACUUCGCAAACUACGUAAAGUGGACUUUAAGAAGUAUUGGGAGAUUAUUCGUGAUCAUGAUGUGCAGGAUGUUUUGCAGCCGUCUAACUUGGUUACCUACCGGCAAGGUACCUACUGGAAUUAUGACUGGAAUGCGGGCUUAGCCAUCUCCACGAACCUUGCAGACGUGCUUGAUCCGCGGGGACUCAACGGCUGCGUUGAAACAGGCCGUUCCCGUUCUGAAGUCGCCCGUGACCUAGGUCUUUCCUACACGAGGCCUUUGCAGGAUAACGAAAAGAAGCAGCUCUCUCAGCAGGCGUUGUACUAUGAGCGUUUGGCGAAGUUUAAGAUGGAGCAGCCGGAGGCAGCACGCGCACUGGAGCGUGAACGCUUCGUGCGGAAGUUUUCCGGCAUGUUUGCGAAGAUGGACAUUAAAUCCGGUACCCCUGACUUCCCGAGCACGUACCGCAAACUUCUCGGGACAAAGGUGGUGCGCUGGGCCUCAAAGCGCCAUGGACCCAUGUGA